AUGGAAGAAUUUGGAGAUAAUAAGACCAUUUACCUGAGAGACACAUGGAGACAAGGAUCCAUGAUCUGUGACAUCGUACCUCUCAACCCUAGCUCCAAUGGUGUUUUGCCUGAACAAAAGUUCUCAGAUCCUAACAUCAAUGUUCAUUUUUGGAGUUACAUGUUUCCGCACUUGCAGAUGAUAUUUCUCAUCGUCUCUGUCCUCUGGCAAUUCUUGCAUUUCUUCCUCCGACGUCUCGGCAUGAUCCGUUUCACUUCUCAUAUGCUUACCGGUGUUCUUCUAAGCAAGUCUUUCCUAAAGGAGAAUACAGCGGCGAGACGAUUCUUUUCUACAGAGGAUUACAAAGAGAUUGUGUUUAGUCUUACUGCUGCAUUAUCUUACAUGAUGUUUUGGUUCUUGAUGGGAGUUAAAAUGGACAUGAGUUUGAUCCGAACCACGGGGAGAAAAGCUAUCACCAUUGGUCUCUCCUCUGUUUUACUUUCCACGUUGGUCUGUUCCGUUAUCUUCUUCGGGAAUCUGAGGGACGUAGGAACGAAAAAAUCGGACAAUACUCUCAAUUCAUUGGAGUAUGUUGUGAUUUACUCAGUCCAAUGCCUUUCGUCUUUCCCUGUCGUUGGAAACCUUCUUUUUGAGCUCAAGCUUCAGAACUCAGAGCUAGGUCGUCUAGCUAUAUCUUCAGCUGUGAUCAGUGAUUUUAGUACCUCGGUUCUUGCCUCCGCUCUCAUCUUCAUGAAAGAGCUCAAAGACGAGCAAACACGGCUCGGGAGUGUGUUUAUAGGAGAUGUUAUUGUUGGGGAUCGUCCUUUGAUGCGAGCAGGGAUAGUGGUUCUCUUUGUUUGUGUAGCAAUCUAUGUUUUCAGACCGUUGAUGUUCUACAUUAUUAAACAAACGCCUUCUGGUCGUCCUGUGAAGCCAAUCUACUUAACUACAAUCAUUGUUAUGGUCUCUGGUUCAGCCAUGCUUGCGAAUUGGUGCAAGCAAUCUAUCUUCAUGGGACCUUUCAUCUUAGGUCUUGCUGUUCCUCAUGGCCCUCCUCUAGGUUCUGCUAUCGUUGAGAAGUUUGAAUCAGCUAUCUUCGGCACUUUUCUUCCGUUCUUUGUUGCUUCUUCUUCCACGGAGAUCGAUAUCUCGGCUCUGUUUCAAUGGAAAGAUCUCAAUGGUAUUAUAUACAUCAUGUUAAUAUCUUUCGUCGUCAAAUUCAUCUUGACUACUGUUCCUGCUUUGUUCUACCGUAUGCCAAUGGCAGACAGCUUUGCUCUAUCUCUUAUCAUGUCUUUUAAAGGCAUCUUCGAGCUCGGUGCUUACGCCUUAGCCUUCCAAAGAGGGUCUGUUCGUCCGGAGACCUUUACUGUCGCGUGUCUUUACAUACUGUUUAACUCCGCAGUCAUACCUCCAAUCUUGCGGUACUUAUACGAUCCUUCGAGGAUGUACGCUGGGUACGAGAAGCGGAACAUGCAGCACCUGAAACUAAACUCUGAACUAAGGAUUCUGUCUUGCAUUUAUAGAACUGAUGAUAUACGUCCAAUGAUCAAUCUUCUUGAAACGACUUCCCCAUCCCGGGAAUCUCCUGUUGCAGCCUAUGUCCUUCACUUGUUGGAGCUCGUAGGACAAGCCCAUCCGAUCUUCAUUUCCCAUAAAUUGCAAACUCUCAGAACAGAGGAGACGUCUUACUCAAACAAUGUACUUGCCUCCUUUGAAAAAUUCCGCAAAGAUUUCUACGGAUCGGUCUUUGUAAGCGUCUUCACGGCUUUAUCUAUGCCUGAUACGAUGCAUGGAGACAUCUGUAUGCUUGCUCUCAACAACACUACUUCCCUCAUACUACUUCCUUUUCACCAGACUUGGUCAGCUGACGGAAAAGCUAUCAUUUCAAACAGUAACAUGAUCAUGAACCUAAAUAAGAGCGUUCUUGAAGUGGCACCAUGUUCUGUCGGAAUAUUUGUCUACCGAAGUAGCUUCGGAAGAAGAACCAUUAGUGACGCUGUCUCAAACUUAUCAACAUACAAUGUAUGUAUGAUUUUCCUAGGCGGUAAGGACGAUAGAGAAGCAGUGACACUUGCAGCACGAAUGGCCCGUGACGCUAGAAUCAAAGUAACCAUUGUCCGAAUGGUCACUACUGAUGAGAACGCACGAGAAAAAUCUGAGUGGGAUAAAAUGCUUGACGAUGAACUGCUUCGAGACGUGAAGAACAACACAUUGUUAGACAUUUUCUACGCGGAGAAAGAGAUUGAAGACGCGUCUGAGACAUCUGGUUUCUUGAAGUUGAUUUCAAAAGAUUUUGAUAUGCUCAUAGUGGGAAGAGGGAAAGGAAGGAAGAGUGUGUUCACAGAUGGGCUUGAGGAAUGGAGUGAGUUUAAUGAGCUUGGUGUUAUUGGUGAUCUUUUGACUUCACAUGAUAUUAAUUCCAAAGCUUCUGUUUUGGUUAUACAACAACAACAACUUAUGAUUUAG